GAGGUUUCGCGGGGAAGCUUUUGCGGCCAGGACACUUCCUGUUUCCUAGUAACAAUAGGAAGUGUCCGCGGAUCGGGGCAUAGACUCCUGUUUGGUGUCAGCUGCCUCCACUUUCCUCUCUCGCUUUCCUUCUCCCUCUCCUCCUUCCCUGCUUCCCCUUCCUCGCGCUUCCCAGGAGCCCUUGAUCGAGCGUGCGAGUGUGGGAGCGCGGGAGGCCCCACAGCCACCCCUGGGGGCGCGCGACUGCAGUUAGGGUGAGGGUCCCAGUGCGCAGGCGCGCCCUUGUCCGCGGUCCCCAACGGACGCACCCUCGGCGGGAACGAGAGGGGCCACCGUGCGAGGUCACUGCCCCUCCACCAGAGGAAGAUGCCGCUGCCACCUGUCCACUCUUCCUGAACCUCCAGCUUCCGGCCACACUGCCCCAUGGAGGAUUCCCCCCUCUCCUUCAGCUGCUCUGACUGUCAGCGCCACUUCCCUAGCCUCCCAGAACUGUCUCGGCAUUGUGAGCUGCUCCACCCCUCCUCCAGCCGGGACGGCGAAGAGGCCAACCCCAUCUCUCGGCCCUACCGCUGCCAGCAGUGCGGCCGGGGCUACCGGCACCCAGGGAGCCUGGUCAACCACCGCCGGACCCACGAGACUGGCCAGUUCCCCUGCUCCACCUGCGGCAAGGACUUCACCAACCCCAUUGCCCUCAAGAGCCACCUGAGGAUGCAUGUUCCCGAGGGCCGCCGUCGGUGCAGGCCCCCAAGGCCCAGGGAAGCUGUUUCCAACCUGCAGGACGAGACAGUGGCCGCUGGCUCCUGGGACCAGAGGCUAGGCCAUGGGGACAGCUGGGGGAGCCAGAAGCAUGCCGAAGAGACCUCUAGCUCUGAGACUAGACCUGACUCCGGGGCAGCUCUGGGUGCUUGGGAAGAUCCAGCCAGCAAACAGACAGAAGCCUGGGACAGCCCACCAGAGACCCAGGAGGGCGCAGAGAACUGGGGAGCCAGCACCCACUCCCCCAGGGCCCCAUCGCUCCCCACCCCAGCCAGCAGUCUCCUCAGCAACCUGGAACAGUAUUUGGCAGAGUCGGUCGUGAACUUCACGGGGGGCCAGGAGCCCACUCCAUCCCCUCCUGCUGAGGAGGAACGGCGGUACAAGUGCGGCCAAUGUGGCAAGACUUACAAGCAUGCCGGCAGCCUCACCAACCACCGGCAGAGCCACACUCUGGGCGUCUACCCGUGUGCCAUCUGCUUCAAAGAGUUCUCUAACCUCAUGGCGCUGAAGAACCACUCCCGCCUCCAUGCUCAGUACCGGCCUUACCAGUGUCCCCGCUGCCCCCGUGCCUUCCGGCUGCCCCGAGAGCUCCUGGAGCACCAGCAAGCCCAUGACGGGGAGCAGCCGUGGGAAGAGACGGGGCUGCCCCCCAAUAAUGGGCAUGUGGGUGAGAGCAGUGGGGACCAGUUCCCCAGUGCCCAGACAUUGAACUGCUCCAGGGAGCUGGAUGGCACUGGCCUGGAGGAGUACCGGCCCUUCCGCUGCGGGGACUGUGGCCGCACCUACCGCCACGCCGGGAGCCUCAUCAACCACCGCAAGAGCCACCAGACCGGCGUCUACCCCUGCUCUGUCUGCUCCAAGCAGCUCUUCAAUGCCGCAGCUCUCAAGAACCACGUGCGGGCCCACCACAGACCCCGACCGGCGCCAGACGGGCCUCCAUCCCUGUUUCCCACGGCCGAGAGCACCCCCAGAGAGAAAGAAGCCCCUCUUACCCCACUGGACCACCGGCCCUACAAGUGUAACGAGUGUGGCCGGGCUUACCGCCACCGUGGGAGCCUGGUGAACCACCGCCACAGCCACCGGACCGGGGAGUACCCGUGCUCGCUCUGUCCCCGCAAGUGCCCAAACCUCAUGGCGCUGCGCAACCACGUGCGGAUACACUGCAAGGUGGAGCGCCCCAGCGUGGGCCCAGGGCCUGAGGGCACCCCUGGCCACCUCAAGGUAGAGUUGCCACCUGACCCGGCAGGAACAGAGGCUGCCCCCCAGAUGGAUCAGAAAGAGGAGACCACUGGAAGCUCCCCAACAGCAGGUGGGGCUGAGCCACAUGAAUGUGGAGUGUGUGGGGCGCACUUCACUAACCCCGAGAGCCUGGAGCGUCACGCCCAGAGCCACGAGGAGGGGGCUGAUGGUAGAACAGACAACAGGGUGUCCCCUCCACGGGCAUUCGCCUGCCGAGACUGCGGCAAGAGCUACCGACACUCAGGCAGCCUUAUCAACCACAGGCAGACACACCAGACAGGUGACUUCAGCUGUGGGGCCUGCGCCAAACACUUCCACACCAUGGCGGCCAUGAAGAACCACCUGCGGCGCCACAGCCGGCGGUGGAACAGGCGGCAUGGGAGGCGGGCGGGCACCGAGGCCAGUGGUGCUGGGGCAGAGGCUACCUGCCCAUCAGGUGGGCAUUGGCCCCAGGGCUUAGUGAAAGGCAAGGACCUGGACUGCCCCCAAAGCCCCUCAGGAGAGACUCCAGCUGGUGCUAAAGGCAGCACGGACGGCGAUAGGGACUGUUCCCAGACCAAGUCUGAAAGGCACAAACAUGGACUGGAGAUCAUUGCAACGUGUUUCCAGGGUGAGAAAAAGAACACUGAGGAGGUUUCGGGAAGGAAAGAGGCGUGUUUCCCUCACGAUGCAGGAGGCCCAGCUGAAGAGAAAGGCCACAGGCCUCAUUUCUGUGAGGACCUCAAUGCGGAAGACGAACCCCAGAAAGCAACCACCACGGUGCUGGGCUCUCCUGUGCGUGCCAGCGAAGGUGUCGCUGGCUGGCAGACGGAAGCCUCUCACACGUGUCCUGAUUGUGGGCACUCUUUCCCACAUGCCACCAGCCUGCUGAGCCACAGGCCCUGCCACCCCCCAGGCAUCUAUCAAUGCUCCCUCUGCCCGAAGGAGUUUGACUCUCUGCCCGCCCUGCGCAGCCACUUCCAGAACCACAGGCCCGGGGAGGCGGCUUCGGUGCAGCCUUUCCUCUGCUGUCUCUGUGGCAUGAUCUUCCCCGGGCGGGCUGGAUACAGGCUGCACCGGCGCCAGGCCCACAGCUCUGCUGGCUCAGAGGAGGAGGGGGAGGAGGAAGGGACUGCGGGGGUUCCCUCGGCUGACGGCCCCCCACUGCCGCUCUCAGAAGCAGAGCUGCUGAACCAGCUACAGCGGGAGGUGGAGGCACUGGACGGCGCAGGCUAUGGGCAUAUCUGUGGCUGUUGCGGACAGACCUACGAUGACCUGGGCAGCCUGGAGCGCCACCACCAGAGUCAGAGCUCAGGGAGCACCACCGACAAGAACCCCAGUCCCCCAGCACCUGGAGGGCCAUGUGACACGGUGGGGCUGGCCGCAAGAGAUGGCCACGAGGACGCAGAGGGCGCUGUGGCUGGGCAGAGUGCAGACACAGAGCCUGACAGAGCGGGUGGCGUCACUCCUGCAGAUGGCUUAGGCCCACAGGGGGAGGACGCCUCCCUGAAGACCCAGCCACGCCCCUUCCGCUGCAACCUCUGCGGAAAGACCUACCGCCACGGCGGCAGUCUGGUGAACCACCGCAAGAUCCACCAAACGGGCUCCUUCACCUGCCCCGUCUGCUCCCGCUGCUACCCCAACCUGGCUGCCUACCGCAACCACUUGCGGAACCAUCCUCGCUGCAAAGGCUCAGAGCCCCAGGUGGGGUCCAGCCCAGAGGUGGGAGGCAGUGCAGAGCCCCAGGAUGCUGCAGAGGAGGGACUGGAGCAGGCCGGGCCCGUGAAGCUCCAGGAAGAACUCAAAAUGGAGCCCCUGGAAGAGGAAGUGGGGGUGAAGGAAGAGGUGUGGGAGGCCAGAGUGAAGAGCGAGGAGGAGAUGGACCAGCACUCAGAAAAGGACUUCCAGGGCGAGGCCAGCGCCGAGCGGCCCUUCAACUGUGAGGUGUGUGGCCGCUCCUACAAGCACGCAGGCAGCCUCAUCAACCACCGCCAGAGUCACCAGAUGGGCCACUUUGGCUGCCAGGCCUGCUCCAAAGGCUUCUCCAACCUCAUGUCCCUCAAGAACCACCGCCGCAUCCACGCAGACCCCCGGCGUUUCCGCUGUACCGAAUGCGGGAAGGCCUUCCGCCUGCGAAAGCAGCUGGCCAGCCACCAGCGGGUCCAUGCUGAUCGGGGUGCGGGGGGUGGCCCCCAAAAGCUGCCCCGGGAAGACGGGCCCGUCAGCUGUAGCCAGUGCGAGCACACCUACCACCAUGGGGACAGCCUCCUGAACCACGGGCAUAGCCACGAGCCCAGCCAGUACAGCAGCCCCACCUGUCCCAAGGCCUGUGCCAAACACGCGGCCCUCAGGGACCAGCGGUCGUUCUCAGAGAGCCGGCGGCGGCGGCGAGCAGGCCGGUCCCGGCGGGCAGCCCUGCGCUGUGCCCUCUGCGGCUGCAGUUUCCCCAGCCGGGGAUCUCUGGAACGACACCUGCGAGAGCACGAGCAGGCUGGCAGUGCUCAGGGGGGCACAGAGGGGCCCCCGGCUGAUGCCCAGGGACUGGAUGAUCGAUCGGGCUGCUUUGAAUCUGUAGAUCAGCUGGCAGAUGGAGCCACCAGGCCGGGCCCUGAAGCCACCCAGCCCGCAGAGUGUGGCCUGGGGAAAUCGGACGGGUGGCAGAGAGACCCGGUACCAGUGAAUCACAGUGGUGGUCAGCUUCCUUGGGGGUAUGUACUGACCAAGCUAGGGGACAAUGUUCCCAGGAGUCCAUGCCGCCUUGGCGACCACCUGCCCACUGGACCGCCUCCAAGUCGCGUGGAGAAGCUGGAGAACGGUAGCGGCAGCCACCGGCCCCAGGCGGAGCAUCAAGCCUUCUGGACCCAUCGGGGCCCGGCCUGCCCUUCAGGAGACUCUCAAAGCCAUGACAGCCAUAAGACAGACCACCGCUGCUGCCUGCUUUGCUCCCAGGAGUGUUCAGGCCCCACAGCUGCUAAGAGCCACACUCACACGGCUGCCCAGGCCUUCCAGGUCCCCCUGGAGCCCACCAGCUUCCAGCCAGUCCCUGCCAAGUACCUCCAUCAGAGUGAGGAAGCCCAAGGCCCCACGGCUGCCCAGCCAGAGGGUGAGGUGGCUCUUCCAAGUGAAGAAAAAGCCCAGAAGGACCCAUCUGAGCCCCCCAGAGCCCCAGGAGAGAACCCCAAGAGCAGUCCUAGAGGCCCAGGCCCAAUAUCCGCAGACGAGGAGAGGCCGUUCCGCUGUGGCCAGUGUGGGCGCUCCUACCGCCACGCCGGCAGUCUCCUGAACCACCAAAAGGCCCACACCACCGGCCUCUACCCCUGCUCACUCUGCCCUAAACUUCUCCCCAACUUGCUGUCCCUGAAGAACCACGGCAGGACCCACACCGACCCGAAGCGCCACCGCUGCGGCAUCUGUGGCAAAGGCUUCCGGACAGCUGCCCGGCUGGAGGGCCACGGGCGGGUCCACGCUCCCCGGGAGGGGCCCUUGGCCUGUCCCCACUGCCCCCGCCGUUUCCGGCGGCGCCUCAGCUUCCUGCAGCACCAGCAGCAGCACCAGGAGGAGUGGGCGGUGGCCAGCUCUGGAGCCCCAAAGGCACCAGCGUCGUCGGGCAGAGGGGCCUUGGCGUUGACCCCUCCACCCCCCUCCACGCCUCCACACCUGGAACCUUCACCCCAGUGGCCUGCAGACCUCAGCUUCUCCCUCUGAGCUUCAAGUCUCCAAAGAUCAGAAUGUGGGGCCCGCAGAGUCUCAGGAGUAGUCUGGGCAGUCCCUUCUCCCUACUCCCCCUGAGAAAGGACCCAGAUCUGGCUUCUUUCCCUGGGAGGCAGGGACUAGGAGAUCCUCCUAUGGAUCCCCCCCCCACCCACCCACCCAGUGUUCCCAGGACCAGCCAAUGUUCCUGGUGAUUGGAUGACCCCACCAGGGAGGGAGAGGCAGAUUCAGAGGCCUGGGGUGGGGUGGGGUGGGGUGCUGCCUGUGAGGGGGAGCCUUUUGCUACAAUUUGUAACUUAUUUUCUAAAGUCUAUUUUGUAACAAUUUAUUUAAGUUAAAAAAAAAUGCUCCCCCCAUAAAAACAUUUUCAAAACA